AUGCUCAUGGUGGUGGUCUAUGAAGGAACGAUUAGAGAGAAACCAUCUAACAAGGAGGAAGCUCGAAAAUUUAUCAAAGGCUAUUCUGGUAGUCAUGCAUCUGUUGUGGGUUCUGUACUCAUAACCAACCUCAAGACAGGAACAAGAAAAGGGGGAUGGGAAGAGGCAGAGGUUUAUUUCUAUGACAUACCAGAGGAGAUUAUAGAUAGCCUGAUUGAAGAGGACGUUACAUUCAAAGUAGCUGGAGGUCUGAUGUUGGAACAUCCACUGACUUGGCCGUUAGUUGAGGCAGUGGUAGGUUCAACUGACACAGUGAUGGGACUUCCCAAAGCUCUUACGGAGAAACUCAUGAAUGAUGCUUUAUAGCUCGCUGAGGUAACAAAAAAGAACUUUUAACUUUUGUUACUUCAUGUUACCACGGAAAAUUAGGUUUGAGAUUCUUAUUCUUGUUGGCUGCUCAUCUUGGACAUAGAUGUUAUAAUCCUUCAACUAUUUUGAUGUUCACAAUUACUCAUCUUUUACAUCGAUAAAUAUGAUGACGAUUUGUAAUUUUGUUUCACGAAAAGGAAAAGACCGUACUUUUUGAAA